AUGGAAGAUGAGGCCCCUAGCCUAGAAAUAAUGGAACAACAGGAAGAUGCAGAGGAGGAAGUCUAUGACGAGUUCAGUGUCGAGGAUUUGAUACAGCCGCCAGAGGAUGAGAUCGCUGAUGAGCCUGAAGAAGCUGAACCGGAACCGGAAGAGUUCGAAGCCCCACCACCGCCUCCCGCUUGGAAGCCAAAACUCAAGAUUAGCAAGGUCCAGCACCCGCAGUCGAAGCUGGGGCAUAAGGUCCAGAAAAGGACAGCCAGAGAAUGCUUCCAAUGCGGCGCGACGGAAGGUGAUGGCAAGGACGGGCCAACUUUGCGCUUCUUUCGCUGGGAUGAUGCGCUGCGCGUCGAGAAGAUCCUGACUUCCGGGAACAGGAAUUACAAGGACGAGAAAUUGCGUGGAUUUUUGAGGGAUAAGAUCCAUUUCUUCAUCUGCGCCGACCACCUCAUUGUCGGCGUCUCGCAGAUGAUGCAGCGCCAGCAAUUGAGACAUGAAUGCUGCAUCUGCGAGGAAAAGCUGAACACAUCCCAGAAACGUGAUGUCCUCACCAGAAUGGCCGCCCGGCGCCUCGACGCUUUGUUAGGGACGGAUGGGUCGAUUAGCCGAGCUAUGAGCGCCCUCCGUGAUCGUCCGGAUAUGCUGGCCAGGCAGGGGCGAGUCCAGAUUUGCAAGACGCAUGUCACCGCCCAGAUGAGAUCGAUCUUGAAAACCGAGAACGCGAAAUACGACCGGAAUCUGAAGAGUUUUGCCGAUUUGGAUACGACCUGCUACCUCUGCGGCCAAGAGAAUUACGAGGGCCACCGGGUCCCGAUGCGCAACAUAAUGAGCUGGACCGGGGCCCAGGUGCUCGACGAGACGAUCGAACACGGCGAAGAGCGCUUUUUCACCACGAUGAAGGAGCGUGGUUCGAAGAACAUCAUCAUCUGCGAGAGUCACUUCACCCCGGAAACUCAUGCUCGCCUCGAUGAAGUCCAAGCCAAGGACGCCGAGCGCAAAUGGCAGAAGUAUCAGCAGCAGGAGCUCAAGGACAAUAACUUCCGCGGCGAUCAGCAGUACAAGCCGGCAAUGUUCCGCAAGAGUGCCCCGUACCAAAUUUCCGCGCCGACAGAGGCGGGCGGAGAAACGGAUGCUCGAGCACCAGCUGAGGACGGUGCGGAAGGCAGUGACGACGAGGCGCGAAAGAUUUCCGAAGCGCUCGCCAUUUUUUCGGAGAGCUUUCCGAGGAAACCUGGACCUGGACGGCCCCGAAAAGAGCUAAAAAGGGAAGAGGUCAGGGUGGAGCCAAACGCCGAGGAGGUGCUCCGGGAAUUGCUCGAAAAGCCGGACGGAAGAAGACGUAAGCGCAGAGCCCAAGAAUACGAAGAUGGGCAAAUUGACGAUGAGCACGAGGGAAUUCAUCCCUAUAUGCUGAAAAAGAUUAAACCCGAGCCGGUCGAUGAGGACGAGAUGAGGCAGGAGGAUGAGGAAGAGCAGGAGCAGGAUGAGGAGCAGGAUCAAGAAGAGAAGCCCGCUUCAGACGAAGGAAAAGAGGACUGGAGCUCGAUACUUCAGGAAAUCGACGAGCUGACUGCGCCGGCGAUCGAUCAUCCCGCCAAUCCUGUCGUCUCGGCCAUGCGCUCGGAGGCGUAUGUGCAAUGCGUCAAGUGCCGUAAGACGAUCGAGACCAAGGACAAGGAACAGAUGGAAAACUUGAUGGAGAUCACGCGCAAGAACGCGAACUACAUGGAGGACGUGCUGAUGGCCGACGGCCAGACCACCCAGCUGCUGCGCAACAUGCGCAAAUGGGUCAAGUACGGCAACUCGUACGUCUGCCGCAGCCACGUUGAGGAGGGCAAGCGGUUGUUGGACCAGCGGGAAGCGGCCAUGGUUGUCUGCUGCUGCGUGUGCGCCUCGGAGACGCCGCGCAAGCACUGCAUCCACGUGAAGACGCGCGUGCAAGCGCAACGACUUGACCAAGUGAUAGGCAGCAACAUGAAGGUGUCCGUGUCGUUUUUGAACCACAGCCAAUACGGACGUCAUCGAGCCAAAAACCCGACGUACGUCUGCAGGGAUCACUUGUGUACAAAGUUUGAUGAGGCCGCCGCCCAGCGAAAAUCCACCCUGCCCGCCCCCUCCGGGAAACCCUAUUUCAAGCAAAAGGCCUUGCAGGGCAACAACAUGUGCCAAAUCUGCGGGUUCGUCGGGUCGGGCGCCGAGCGGUCGUUGGUUUUCGUCGACGACCCGGCCGAGAUUCGCCUCUUCGACGAUCUGUUCUUGCUGAACGGGGCGCUCUGUCGGUACAAUGUGAAGAAUAUGGGAACCGGCGUCGGUUUCUGUCGCAGCCACAUCACCAACGACAUCAAGGAGGAGUGGGAGCUGUGGAAGUCGGCGCGGGCGAUGCUCAAUGGCAGCCAGCCCGUCCCGUCGCCCAGCUUUCAUUCAGCGAACCUAACUCGCCCAAUUUCUCCCCUGACGGCGCUGGUGGAUGCGGCGGCACCGAAACGCGGGCGACCGGUGGGCGGCCAGAAGCGUGACCUCAGCGACGUGCUGAACGCCGUCUUGCAAGAUAUCGACCCGGACCAGGAGGAUGAUGACUUCCCGGAAGAGCAAGAAGUGACCUCACCCACGGAUCAGCAAGGGAGGAAGCUCGGCUAUACAAUUGCGAAGCCCGACGCCCCAACGAUCAUCAAGGUGACGCCGUCGCGCGUUCUGACGAGCUCUUCGGAGCACAGCCCUGCCGAACCCUCCACGUCUUCUCCCGGUCAGCCCAAAACGCCGUACCGCAGCGCGGGCGGCGAGCUGAAGCAGAUACCAUCCGCACCUCGGCCAUCGGAUGCUGGCCAGCAGAGCGCCGACAAGAAGCCGAUGGUGAUGAAGCCGGGCGGGGCAGCUGGUGGCACGCCUUUGAGUCGCCCGAUUCGGCCGGUGAUCACCAACGUCAGCAAGCCGCUCACACCGGGGGCUUCCGGUCCGAUUACUGGACGAUUUAUGGUGCCAAAAUACAUCGGCGGAAGGGUGGUGAACACGCUGGCCUCUCCGGUUUCAACCUCCCUCCCCUCGCUCGCCUCAUUGCCGUCAACUUCCAAGUUUCCACCCUGGCAUCCGGCGCCAUUCCGCCCUCCACAGAAGCUUGUCUACCCCAGCUUCGUCCCGCAGCGGCAGGACACCGACGAGGACGAGGCGUGCGAGGCGCUCACCGUGUCGACUGGAUAUCGCUGGAGAAAUAGUGACUGGGAGCGGGAGGUGAACUUCAAGCCGAAGAAGACGGUGCUCUCCUUUGAAGAGGCCGAGCUGGCCGAUCGGAUGAUACCCGGCGCGAAGGGCAUCUUCACCAGGAUAAAGCAGAUGGGAAAGCUGCCGAUCUUCUGCCAUCACCACGUCGACAUGACGAACUGGCGCGUCGCCCUGGCGUCGAUCCGCUUCGAGCAGGACAGGGCGGUCCCUGUGCCGCAGCCGAAGCCCAUCGUGAAGCUCAUCCCAAAGCCCAUCCCGAAGCCGGUGAUUCAGCGCCCUCCACUCCCCAAGCCUGUCUUCGAGGGGCCAAAGCCGCGUCGCGGCCGGCCGCCGAAGAAGAAGCCCGAGCAGUACGACUACACCGAGUUGCUGAAGAACAUUGCCGACAUCAAGGCCGAGCCGGCCGACGAUGAA